GUACCCUGAAGCUCUGGAACAACAACCCCGUCGGAACCUUCUUCAUCUACAUCAUCACCGUCUAUCUCUGCUUCCAGACACUCGAUAUCUUCGGCAAGACGAACCAUUUCUGUUUCAUCGGCCAUUCUCACGAGUGAAUUUCACAGUUUCGACGUUGAUUGUUCUUUAGGAUAAACUCAACAUACCCGAAGGAAUAUAUUUAACGUUACUGACACGGGCAAGUCUAUCGAUAACUGGUUACUCAAUUAAUCAGUUUAAAAUUUGCAAGGUAAUCAACCAGUGAUUGAACGCGGACAACGUCUCAGAACAUGUCGAUCAUCAAUUAUCAUGUACAUAACCUUAUGUAAAACGCCUUAUCAAAUGAAUGAAACAUCAACAGCUUGUAUUUUUUUAGCAAAUAACAAGAAUUAAGUGGCAGAUAGAAAAUCAACAGUUUCACUCAAGCAGUAUUUUCAUGAGUAAUGUGUGCACUUGUAUAUAAUCUUCGUUGAUUGGUGGUAAUUUUAUAAGUAGUAUAAUUUAUAUAUUUUGUAAAUAUAUUUAUUAACAAUUUUAUAUGCUCAUUGUUAUUUCGUCUAAGGAAUUGUACAUUAUUUUGAGUUAACAAUGAAAAUAAAUAACGGGAGAAGAGUACAGUCCAGUAUUGUUUUUUUUCUACACGAUGGAAAUGAAUACAUAUAGACGCAGUUCGAGAAUCGACUAAAAGUGUCGAUAAUUGUAUCGAAAAGUGUAUUAUGGUUUGAAAGCUAUUUAGAGACCGCCAACUUUAGUAGAUCAUCACGAAUACACGUGAGAGAAUUGUUGUUCAAUUGGCAGUGUUCACUGAAAUAAUGAUAUUUGCGGUAUUUAUCAUUUUAUUUUGCGUAGUAUCGGAUGCUACAGUACACAGAUUAAACGUGCCCAGGGUAUUGUUGCCCGUAUUUAAUGAUUUUGCUGUGAAUUUUACUCUAGAAGUUACUGACGGUGCUUGUUAUCAAUGGUCAACAUCGCGUUUGGAUAUCAUUCAGCUAAUUCCUAUAAAUGAAAAUGUUGAGAGGACUUGUUCUUCGGCUAUUUUGAUUCAAACAAUAACAAGGGAAUCCACUAGAAAUACAGCAAUAGUGUUAGCAGAAGAUGUGAAUACAGGACAGUUUUUAAGGUGUGACGUUAUUGUGGAUGCAAUCUUUUCUUUAAAUCUUGUUACGACCACAAGAGAAUUAUAUAUAGAAGAAGCACCAGAAGCAUUUGAAGUACGAGCCUAUGAUGAACAAGGAAAUGAAUUUACAACUCUCGCAGGAGUUGAAUUUCUUUGGCAUAUUGAGAAUGCCGAUAAACGUAUUACAGAUGGCAAAACUCCAAAUGAUAUUUUAAGAUUCAUGACUUAUCAGGAAUCACAAUAUGAAACUCCUCCAACUGUCGCUGCUUUAGAUGCAGUUGGUAAGAAGGGACAUAUUGUACUAUUAGAAGGAAUAAAAACUGGUACAGCGAAGGUUUCAGUGAGACUACCAUAUCCAGAAUAUAAACAUGUACCACCGAUAGAAGUAGAACUGAUCGUAAUAGCUAAUUUAAUUAUCAUUCCAUCAGACAUAACAGUACUGGCACAUGACAGUUUUAAAUAUAAAAUAAUGCAAGCUCGUCAGGGUCGAUUAGAAGAAAUAAGUUUACCAUCCAGUCAGUAUUAUUUGGAAGCUGAACACCCAGGCAUAUUAGAUAUUGAUAAUGAUCAUGAUUGUGCAUAUGCCCGAUCCUUAGGGCGCACUAAAGUGUUCUUACACGAUAAAAACGUUCGCGACGAAUAUCCUGUUAUUUUGCCAUCAGCUACAGUCAAUGUGAAUUAUGUAGCUUAUAUUAAUUUUGCAGUUUUGCCUAACAGAAAUUGGGGUCUAAUACUUGGUCAUACUCAUGAAAUUAUAGUUGAGUUGUAUGAUAAUAAAGAUCAUAAGUUUCACAUUGGAGAAGGUGUAGAAGUAUUGAUGAAGCUAGAUGAACAAUAUUUUGAACCAAAAUUAAUAACACAAAAUGGUACUUAUGCUAUUGGUGUGCCUAUUAUGUGUGGAACAAUGACUAUUGAAGCUACUCUUUAUGGUAUAAUUGAUAAGCAUGGUAAAAAGAUUCCUCUCGCAUCACAUCCUACUACCAGAGCAGAACUUUUAAUUCACACACCAGUCACUGUUCAGCCUAAAGUACUGGCUGUUCCAUGGGACUUCAAGGCUAAAUCACGGUAUGACAUAGUAUUAAAAGCAAGUGGAGGAGAUGGAUCAUAUGUAUGGUCAAGUAGACAUCCAUCUAUAGUGACAGUCUCUCAGAAUGGAGGGAUUAGAAUUUUGGCUGCAGGGGUUACUGAAAUAAGUGUUGCAAUGACAAGAAAUCAAUAUAAUAAAGGUACAGCAAAGGUGUAUGUUUUACCACCGUCAAAAUUAAAAGUGGUGGAAUACAGUAUGGAAGCAGCAGUAGGAGAACCAAUUUAUCUCCACAUUGCAUUGUAUGGAAAGCUAAUUAACGAAACGGACUCUAAAGAAAUACCUUUCAGUGAUUGUAGAGAUAUUACUUUUGAAACAUACAUUCCAGACGGUAAUUUUAUACAAAACGAUAGUAAAUUUAUAGAACCUGUCGGCACUGCAUGUGCUGUUAUAGCAGUCACAAGUGUAGAUGUUGGAAGGUCUGAAGUAACAGUGGUAUACAAUGCAAAUGGUCAAUAUUUGACUGAUAACGUUACUGUGUCGGCCUACGAACCUUUAGAAGCAGUACAUCCAAGUAGUCGUGAAACUUUGUUAGCUGUAGGAUCUUCUAGAAAAAUAGUGUUCAGAGGCGGACCCCAUCCAUGGUCUAAUAAACCUCAGAGUUACUCGCGAAAAGUUCAAGUAUCUGAAAAAAAGAUUGUCGAAGUAACAGAACAUGGCGAUUUAUUGGGUGGAUUAUAUAAAGUAUCGGUAAUUGAAGUAAUGUGUAAAGCAUUGGGCGAAGUGCUUUUAACGUAUACAAUUUCAAAUAUCCCUUUAUUGCCGAACUGUAAAAAUACACAUGCAACGGAAAUAGUACGAAUUAUUUGCGGCAAACCAAGGUAUAUAUACCUACAGCCUGAAUUCAAAGACAGUAAGAAUUGUCCUAUCAGUCUUAAUACAGAAAGAAUAAUGGCACACGGCGAUAAAAAACUAAAACUUAUCACUAUCGUGAAAGACGAAGAAGGAAGGACUUUUGACAACAUUACAAGUCUACACAUUGAUUGGAACUUAAAACCUUCAUCUAUAGGUUCUCCAGAAAUGUCUUCAGGUUCGAUAGAAGAAACGUUCACAGAUAUGAACGUAAUUUUACCGAAACAUUAUUAUCAAAACAUUGUGUUUAAAAAGCAUUUUGGCUCUCUUACAUUAACAGCUACGGUUACUGGUUAUCAAAAGAAUAUUUUGAGCAAAUUAAAAAUUAUACCUGAAUGGCCACCAUUUGCAAUUGAAACUGAAAGGAGGAUCUAUGAGACUCCACGUAUACAAGCUUCUAUAGAAAUAGUUUUAGUUAAUGAUACCAGCAUUAAUCCUAAUAAAUUAAUGGUACUGAACGAACCUAGUGCAAAAUAUUAUUUACAAGUCAGCCAAGGUUCUGGUUAUUAUGAAUUUGUAUUGAGCGCGGAUGACAUCGCAGAUGUUCAUUACAUAGAGUCGACUAAAGCAAUUGGUAUUACUCCAAAGAAAUCGGGAAUAUUGAACUUAGCCUUGGUAGACCUUUGUUUGCCGUCGAAACCGGCUGAAGCUGUUAUCGAAGUACAACAACUUGCUGUUAUAGAAAUAGAAACGGUGAAUAAAAUUGAGAAAGGAAAAUGUAUAGUUGCCGCAUUACAACUUUAUGACACAAAUGGUCACAUUAUAAAAUUGCCAUCUUUGAAUGCAUUAGAAUUUAAAGCAGAAGUUGAUAAUGAAUGUAUAGUUGUUAAACAAUUGCCUGCUAAUGAACAUGGUAAUCCUCCUUAUAGUCAACUAUUGUAUACAAUAUAUGGUAUGGUAGAAGGAGAAUCUCAACUAACUUUCAUAAGUAAAGGAGGUGAUAGAGAAAUACAGAGUGAAUCAGCAACCGUUCAAGUUUUUCUUCCUUUGAGAGUUUCUCCAAAAAACUUAACGAUAUUAGUAGGAACCGUUUAUCAAAUCCAGACAACGGGAGGUCCAUCGAAUGCAGAAAUUGAGUUCGCCGCAAAAAAUAAUGAUAUUCUGAAUGUCGAACGCAACGGUAUAUUUGAAGGGAAAUCAGUUGGGCAAACAAAAAUAACUGUUAGAGCUAUUGGACUUAAUGCGAAAGGGAAUAAAGUAAUUUAUUCUGAAGACUAUGCCGACAUACAUGUGUUAUAUCUCGAAGGAAUAAAAAUUGUGGUUCCAACAAGUAGAGUAAAAGUUGGUGCAACAUUUCCCCUUUGGGCUUUUGGUAUCCCAGAAUAUUUAACACCGCUCAUCAUAGGAUCUAUGCAAUUGCCAUUAAUUUUCAUGUGGUCUUCGAGUGAUUCUAAUUUAAUAACUUUACAUAAUAUGUACAAAGGGACUGGUAUUAAUAUCAGAUAUCAGAAUGAAGUGUCUUUAAGAGCCAGGGCUGUUGGUCCUGGAUUGGCAACUAUUUAUUUAAAUGUUACAAUGCCAUCUAACAUGUUGGCUGGUUUCAAAAGCGAUAUAACGUUCACUACGUUUGUGAAAAUUGAAAUUUUUGAGGAGUUACAUUUAUCGCAUCCCGAAUUACCAUCUACCGUACCAGUAAUAUUAAUGUCCCCGAAUUCUGUUCUGAAAUUGAAAACAAAUCGCGAUAAGUAUGGUUCAACUAUUUACAAGGUAUUAUCAACCGCGCAUGGAAACGACUCAGAAGAUACACAUGCUUUAACUCCAGCAUCUAAGACUGUAACUAUUGACAAGAAUGGUGUUAUAAAGGCCGGCGAGAAUUGUGGAAAAAUAGUUAUUUCUAUUACAAAUACCGAAGCAUAUAACUUGAAACAAUCAAUGAUCAUUAUUAUUGAGAUUAAACCAAUUCAUUACAUGAUGUUGUCAUUAAAAACGAUUUUGCGAAUUCGAAAUGGCGAAGAAUUGAACAUGUUACCCAAGGGUAUGGAGUUGGACUAUGCACUAGAAUAUUAUGAUAACGUUGGAACGAAGUUCCAUGCUGCUGCAGUUAAUGCUAAAAUUAUGCUUAAUCGUGCUGACCUGGCCGUGUUUACUAUAAAUACUGAAAACGUCGUAACCGCAAAAUUCAUUGAAAACGGAGACCUUGUUGUAAAGGCGUUUAAUGAAAAAUAUCCUAAUGGGAUGUUCGAUUAUGUACACAUGAUGAUUGGAGACAUAGUCUUUCCGACGAAGACAACGCUUACUGUGGGUGAUAUAGUAUGUUUCUCAAUGCCACUUUUGUCUCCUGAAGGUGAUCCAGGUUAUUGGCAAUCUUCAAUUCCUGAGGUAUUAACAGUAGAUCCUAUUACAGGAAUAGGAAGAGCAAAAAAUGUGGGUUAUGCAGUUGUAAAACACAGUCUUGCAACUCACAUGCAAGGUGAAAUAGAAGUGAAUAUUCAACCUAUUGCGAAGGUGUCUAUUGUUCCAUUGAGAGGUCGAAAUAUUACAGGAACCGAAAUAUUUAGCGUUCCUCUUGUUCUUAAGAGCAAAGACGAGCAAGUUAAAGAGAAUAAUGUAUUAUCUAGGGGUUUGGGCGGAUGUAGAACAUUUACUUCGUUUACUUUAAACUCAUUUCCCUACACAUGUAACAUGCAAUUAGUUUCAUCCACUUCAUCUGUGGGAGUUAAAGAUUUAUUCCUUGUUAAACCACGAUUUGAUAUUUCAACUGGUUUCUACUAUUGCGAUGUAAUACCUAUGGGUUCUCCAAACAUAAUUUCCAGUACGUUAGAAAGUCGCAUUCAAAUAAGUGCACAAAGUAAAGACAUUGAAGCUGUGCCUUUGGAAGUAGCAUAUCUACCUCCUGUUUAUAUUGACGCUAAAGAAAUUGUUUUUAUUAACACACAUUCUCAAACCAUUCCAACCGCAACACUUGAAAUAUACGGCUUGCAGUCUGUGUUAGAUCAUCUUACAAUUGAUGUACCGAAUGGAAUGACUGUAGCCGCACGACAGUAUAUUUCAAAGUCUACAAUGCAAUAUAAGUUGCGAUUAAUGCAUAAUCACGAUGAAAUUCAAGGUCAAAAAGUUAUCGUUACAAACGAUAUAACAAAGCAGAAUAUAUCUCUUUACGUACGCGUUACGAAGUAUGAAAAUUUCAUACCAUUAUCUGGAAUUCAUUGGGUGGAUUAUAUGUACUUCCAUCGUUACACUUUCGGAACAUUUGCAGUCAUUGUAAUAACAUGCUUUUACAUAUGGAAGAAUAAGAUGGCAAACAUUGAUUUAAACAUAAAGAAUCGAGCAGUUUUUGCUGAUAAAUGUCCACCGCAGUUAAAGAAAACUAGUACCCCAUGUUCGACUAUGAACAGUACAAAUAUGUCUACUCCGCGAACUCCAGUAACACCGAUAAGACCAUUUUCGGCGUUUGAUCCAGUUUAUGGCGAUCCUCGUGGUUUUUAUUCGGCAAGCAAACGAAACAGAUCGCUGAACACUUAAUUAAAAUGAUAAGAAAGGUGUCAUUUUCAAUGUAAAUGUACAUUGUACUUAUAACGGAACUAUCAUGUACUCACUAGUUUCAUUUUGAAACAGAUAUGCGAUCGUCAGAAACUGGUGCCUUAUUGCCACUGAAACUUACUUCAUUUAGAAAAUUAAUUAAAGAUUUUUACGUUAUUUCUUAGCGAUAAUAGCAACAACUAUUAAUUUACGGAUAUAUAAGAGUAUGUACAUUCUGUAACAUAAAACUUUAAGUUUUACAAUUUUAUACUUUGAUAGAAUAAUCGAUGCAGGACUUUAAUACAGGUAUAUUUCUAGGAUACGUUGAUUAUAUUUCCUUUAUAAAUUUGAGGUAUAUGGUUCCUAGUCAUAUAGCUAAUAAUUUACGUAAUUACGUAAUAACGUAAUUAAUAUAAAUUUAAUUACACCGUACUCGUGACUUUGCGUGACGAUGCAAAUGUGGCAGUAGUGAUUUCUUAUUUUUUUCAUUGUGUAACAUUAUUAUACUCUAGUUUUUAUAAUCCAGGCAGUUGCAUAAUUUAUAUAAUAUUCUAAUAUAUUGGCACUGCAUCAUUUUUAUUUUUAUGUGCUUUAUUACAACAUGUCUGUUUUAACGAUUAAGUAAUUUCCAAUAUAUUUUGCUAUAAAUGUUGAUGCAACAUAAAUAUAAUUCUCGUAUACAUAUUAAGAUAGGAGUAGACAAUCUUAAUAAGUUAAUUAUAUAAACGUCAUGUAAAAUUUAAAAUAUGAGAAUUAAAACAUUU